CUAACGUGAGGGGCGCGUGUGAUCAUGUCUCACUUUUUUUUUUUUGCUCCUUUGAUCUUCUUUUUAAUAUCUCAAAGCAGCCAAACACAUUGCUUUUACCCCUAAUCCCCAAAAAAAUUCAAAAUUGAGAUAUUAAAUAAAAUAAAAAAGCUUUCUUUCAUUCUUGCUGAAUUGUUGAUGACCCAUUCAUGACUCAUCUUACAAAAAAAGAGACACUAUCUUCUCUUUUCAUUGCCCUUUAAAUACCUCAAGCCUGCACCAAACCAUUUCAUCAUUCAGCUUCAUUACUACAAAUCACACAACGUCAAGAUCAAGAUCAAUUACUCAAUCCCCUUAAAGAUGAACAUGAUGAGCAGAGUUGAGCAACAAGUCGUUAGUUUUCCCGCGGGAAAGACUACUCCGAUGGGUUACUUACCUGAUCCGGCUUCGAUUAACAAGUUCCUGCUUUCGUCUUCUUCCAAGAAAUCUGAACAAAGCAAUGGAAAAUCGAUUCUUAAAAGGAAGAAAACUAAUGGUUUCACCAGCGGAGCUCGAGACCAGAGCAAGUUAAGACCAAAGCUAACCGAAACAGUGAAGAGAAAGCUAUCUUUGGGGGCUAGGAUUCUUCAGGUCGGAGGUUUAGAGAAGAUCUAUAAGCGGCUCUUCAGAGUCAGUGAAGACGAGAAACUGUUCAAAAUGUACCAGUGUUACUUGUCGACUACGGCGGGUCCCAUCGCCGGACUUCUCUUCAUUUCGUCAAAGAAAAUGGCCUUCUGCAGCGAGAGAUCCAUAAAGGUGGCUUCCCCUCAAGGAGACAUGAUCCGGGUUCACUACAAAGUGUCAGUUCCUCUGUGCAAGAUCGAGAGAGUGAACCAAAGUCAGAACACGAAGAAACCGUCACAGAAGUACCUGGAAGUAGUCACGGUCGAUGGUUUCGACUUCUGGUUCAUGGGGUUCUUAAGCUACCAGAAAGCUUUCAUUUGCCUUGAGAAGGCUCUUUCUCUGAGCUUUGAAGACAGUGAAUAGCAAUAAAAGCCACCGUUUUUUAGGAGCUUUGGAGAUUAUGAAGAAAUAUCUCAUUUCUUCUUUACCUGAUUCAUCAGAGAAUAGUCCUAGAAAGACAGACAAUACUGUACAAAUUCAAUUCCUUUUUUUCCUUUUACAUUGUAGACAAGAUCAGAUUAAUAUGUUAAGCUAAUCAUAUUAUUUAUUGCAAAUCUCAAUCAACU